AAGUCAUCGUUUCCAUAGUAAAUUUCAAGUGUGCAAUACCAACUUGAUUAUCAAAUGGCGUUAUCGCAGUGCUUAGAGGAUUCCCCUGGCUGGAGACUGCUUCCAAAAGGAGAACGAGAUGUAAAUGUAGAAGAACUUUAUAAUGAGAGGCAUCGACUUGCUUUAGAGGAACUGCUAUCGGGUGGAGUUAACUCUUACUUGGGAUUUCUAAAGAAAGAGAAAAUACCCAACUUUCUGUCCGAUGAAGAAAUCAGACGUAUAUCACGUUCAACUGUAGUUCCCAAAGCCUUUUCGCUUGCUGGAGACGAUGCACCUUUUGAACAGUCCGUCAGCACUUCAAUGGACUGUUCAUCUGUCACAUAUUUCCCAGAUGUGUCUGACGUGGAGCCCCCUGUUCUGGAGCUUGGUUGGCCUGCUUUCACGACAGGGUCAUUUCGUGGAGUAACCCGGGCAGUGGCCCACUUUCAGCCGAGCUAUGGGGAGUGUAUCUACAGCUGCAAGGAAGCAGCGAGAAAAAUGAUAAAGGGAGCUAAGGAGUUGAUCGCAAUAGUGACAGACUCCUUGACAGACCUGGACAUCUUCCGGGAUCUACAGGAGGCCUGUACCCGACGCAGGGUUCCUGUGUACAUCUUGCUGGACCAAGUGUCUGUUCCCUCCUUCUUGCAGAUGUGCAGCAACCUGAAUGUGCGCCUUGAGGAGCUAAAGCUGAUGCGUAUUCGGACCAUUACCGGAUGUACAUAUUACAUGAGGUCGGGAGCAAGGAUCACAGGGAAGGUUCAUGAGCGAUUCAUGCUAAUCGAUGGGCACAAAGUAGCUACUGGCUCUUAUCGGUUCAACUGGACAGAUGGGAAGUUGAACAGCAGCAAUCUGAUCGAACUGACCGGACAAAUAACAGAGAAAUUUGAUGAGGAGUUUCGCAUACUGUAUGCCCAGUCUCUGCCCCUAAAUGGCAGGGAGUGUCCUCCGAGUGCCCGUGGCAGCGGUAUAUACGACCACCUGCUCUUCAAGCUGCCCUCCACCCCACCGUCCCAGGUCCCCAAGCCGGUUACGGCCGACCAGGUAUGCAUGACCAGCACGCCCAACCGGGCCCAGAUGAUGGAGGCCCUCCAGUCAGGCCCAAAGGCCGGAGGGAAGAGCCGCAGGAGCAGCCACACCUCCAACGCCUCCACCCUCGGGGGGGACUGGAUGGAGCAGGACCUGUUGCAGGAUGAACCUCUGUUUGGGGGUCCUGCCCUUGCCCCUGCCCCUGCCCCUGCCCCUGCCCCUGCCCCUGCCCCUGCUCCUGUGUCUCCUGCACCUGCUCGACCUCUGCCUGGGGCGGUUGGCUGCCCGGCUCUAGCAUUUGUAGCUGCCCCCACCUCCGCCUGCCACACUUCCACACAGACGGGCAGCCAGAAUGUAGACAAGGGCGUGCAGACUGACCAAGGCACCAAGCGUCCAUUGCCUGGCUUCCCCCUGCAGGCCUCCACCUCCUCUACCCUGACCAACUAUGAGACCUCUUCCUCCACGUCCUCCGAUUCUGGCUCCGCCCAGCCGGGCGUCAAAUUGGGUCUUCGUCCUCCAAUCAGACGUGGCCCUGCCCCUCAGCAUUGCAGCCUGAAGGAGAGCUUUUGGAAGCUGUCCAAAGAGCGACAGGGCCACUACGCAUCCAUUCGGUCCAAGCUGGACAACAUGGUGUCCAUGCUGUCCCAUCGGCGGGAGCUGGUGGACCUCACCAACCUGGCCCUGAGUCCGGCCCUGCGGAGACGAAACGCCCACCAGCAGUCCAGACGGGCAUCUGGAGUCAUGAUGGAGACCACCUUCAUGGGGACCUGGCCUCGGUCAAGGGGUUUGCAGUGAAAGGCAAAGGCCAGGGGAAAUGAAGAGGUCUGCUAAUUUGCAAUCAAACCAAUGAAUGUUACUUAAUUAGAGAUACAUUCGACAAUACUACCCAGUUGUAUAGGAGCUUUCUGAAAAGGAGGUGUUGAAAAAUAGAGCUGCUCUCCGUCAUCUUCCUCCUCAGCAGCUUCUUGUUCUGUAUAAUAUAUUGCGGGUUAAAGGGAACUUGUCUAGAACUAAGUCUAGAAAUACUGCUUCUAUCAAAGAUGAUAUAAGAAUCCAUUUACAUCAUGCACUUGAGGACAAAAGAUUCAAAUAUUUCAUGGCAAAUAUUUCAAGUCAGGAUAAUGUGUAGAGAAUGACCAUUUUGGUGAAAGAGUUGUAAACGUAUAAUAUGUCAUGUGUUACUGAUAUAAAACUGAAUCCACUACAAUCAGUCAUAUAUAUGCAGUAGGUCAUUUGAAAGGGUUUGAUACAAAAGUUUAAAGCAAACUGCACCUCUGAAAAUUAAUGUCUUUAAAAAAAGAGCACCUUCUAGUAUUUAAAUCAAAAUGUUUUACAUUAUAUACAAGUGUGAAUUACGCAUUAUCUUUUAUUACAGAACAUAAACACUAAAAACACUAACAAUCAACUGCUGUAUAUGUGCAAUCUAAGGACAAGACACUACUGUAAUGCGCAACAUUUCUACCUUAAGCAAGGUUUACAUGGUACAGAACCUGUAGAUUCUGUCUCUAGGGUAUUGUAUUAUCCUAUGUGUGUUAUGUGUGUUAAAUACAAUAUCUAUAAUUUUGUUCCAAUAAAUUCUUCAA